AAUAAAUGACUUUCCUGCUUAUGCUCUAAUGUCUGGUUGGAGCACAAAAGGGUAUAUGGCGUGUCCCACUUGCAAUGAACAUACUCCUUCCAUUGGCCUAAAUAGUAAGAUUGGAUAUGUUGGCCACAGACGCUUUCUCGAAAUGAGUGAUCCGAGAAGGAGAAGCAAAAAGUACAAUGGUAAGCCUGAGAAGAGAGCACCACCUCCUGUAUUGACGGGGGAUGAUAUUUUAUCUCAAUUAGACCGAAUUCCAUUGACUUUGCCUGGAAAACACAAACAGUUCGGGGGUGUGAAACGGAAGCGUUCUAGUGAAGAGCUCAAUUGGUCUAAAAAAAGUAUUUUUUUUGAGCUUCAGUACUGGAAGUCAAAGUCCUUACGACAUAAUCUUGAUGUAAUGCACAUUGAGAAAAAUGUGUGUGAUAGCUUAGUAGGUACUCUUCUAAGUAUCGACGGGAAGUCAAAGGAUACCGACAAGGCGAGAAUGGAUUUGCAAGACUUGCAAAUACGACGAGAGUUGUGGUUGUAUGAAGACCGAAACGGGAAGUGGAAGAAGCCUCCAGCUAGUUACACACUUAGUGUUCAAGAACGGAUUGAAUUUGCAGACUUCAUAAAGUCUGUACGAUUUCCUGACGGUUUUGCAGCAAACUUAGACAAAAAUGUCAACUUGGAUACGAGCAAGAUUUCCGGGCUCAAAUCACAUGAUUGUCAUGUGUUGUUACAACGUUUACUACCGGCAGGUAUCCGUAAGUUCUUGAAAAAAGAAAUCCGGGACACAAUCAUUGAGCUGUGUGUGUAUUUUAAACAAUUAUGCUCAAGAACACUUCAUGUUUCGGAUUUAGAAAAAAUGCAAACAAAUAUUUUAACUAUUUUGUGCAAGUUAGAAACAAUUUUUCCACCAGCCUUCUUCGACAUAAUGGUUCACGUAGUUAUGCAUCUCCCUAAAGAAGCUAUACUAGGUGGACCAGUGCAGUACAGGUGGAUGUAUCCCAUUGAGCGCUCAAUGUCUGUGUACAAGCAAUAUGUCAGGAAUCGUGCCCGCCCGGAAGGCUCUAUUGCUGAAUCUUUUGUGGUUAAUGAGGCAUUAACCUUUUGCUCAAUGUACUUUCGGGAAGUGGAAACUCGAUUCAACCGUCCUGACCGGAACAAUGACAUUGUCCAAAACAUGCCAACUCGACAAUUUUCUGUAUUCAAGCAUGUUGGUCGACCCAUCGGUAUGAGGACAGUCGACACCUUACCCAUGCAAAGCAAGCGUAAGGCGGAGUGGUACAUUUUGAACAAUUGCACAGAGGUUGAACCGUAUAUCAAUGAGCACAAGGAGUUGCUUCAAGCAAGGGGUGUAGGCAAUAUUGAGACAGUGCAAGAGACUGAGUUCCCUGAAUGGUUCAAAACUCAAGUAAGCCUUGUUGCCUCUCAAUACUGUUAAUCUUGUUCUCAAUAACUGUUCAACUUUUCUUAACUUAAUAUUUUCCCUGAUAUGUAGAUUAAUGAACUACGGUUGACCAACCAGGGUGCAGUGUCAGAUGAGUUGUAUGC